CCUAUUUUAACCAGCUGCCUUCAUCUUUUUCUUGGAGGCCAUUAUAUCAUAUCAUAUCAUCUCUUCUUUCUUUUUCAAUUUUUUAAUCAACUUCGCAUUUAUUUUAACCUUUAAAUGUUACUUGUCUCAUGGCUACCGAUUUCGGACUCACGUCCCUAACCCCCUCCCCAAAAUCAAACCAACCCCAAACACAUAUCAUGAUGUGGAACAACAACAACAACAGUAACAACAAUCACAAUCAGAAGUCACCGGACGACGACGAUGACUCCUGGGAAGUCCGGGCGUUCGAGGAGGACACGACGGGCAACCUGCUGGGCUGCACGUGGCCGCCGCGCUCCUACACGUGCACAUUCUGCCGGAGGGAGUUCCGCUCCGCCCAAGCCCUCGGCGGCCACAUGAACGUGCACCGCCGCGAUCGUGCCAGGCUGCACGAGAUGCCGCCGCUCGCCCCCUCCCCUCCGCCCCCAAUACUUAUCCAAACGGGCCACGAAUUCGUCGCCAAUGGAUUGUGCCUUCUCUACCCUUUACCUAACCCUAAUUCCAUCAUAUUCCCAAAUCCAUUACCCAUCGAUUACUCAUCUCCCAUCCAACAUUUAGCCACGAAUAUACCCACCGAAACGGCACCCAGCAGCGUCGUUUCCUCCGUCUGCCACUCCACAAACACGGAACCAUCUGCAUCAAACAGCAACGACGAGAACAACAACAACAAUAACGACAACAGUCGUAGCCCGGGUGAAAACACCAAGGACUUGGCCGGCGAGGAAGAGCUCGACCUAGAACUCCGUCUGGGGCGGAGACUGCCUCCACCGCCAUGACGGAGGCCAUAAAUCUGUGAUUUUACUUGUACGCAUUUUUUCCUUCUUUUUUUUUUCUUCUUCUCUGGCAAGAUUUUACAGAAUUACCUCAACUUUUUGCAGUCUUGUUGAGCACUGUUUCAUUGAUUUUUUUUGUAUGGUAAAGUGAGAAACGAAGAUUUGGUAAGUUUUGGAUAAAGGA